UGCCACCCCCAUCACCACGCGCAAUCAAUUCCCCUUCCUUCUUUCAAUUCUUUCAUUUUCUUCCUUCCAUCUUCUUUGCCUUCUUGCUAGCUUCUUUUACAUUUACAUCUAUGUAUAUAUAUACCUCUUUGCCUCUCUCUCUCUCCUUCACAGCAACUCUCAUCUCCAUCUCCCUUCAUACCAACAACAUUCAACCAUCACCAAAACAAAUUCUCCUCCAUUUUUUUAUCAGGAGAAGUUUUGCAAUGGAGAUGGAAUCAUGCGUCCCUCCUGGCUUCAGGUUUCACCCCACCGAGCAAGAACUUGUGGAUUAUUACCUCAAGAGGAAGAUCAACUCUCUUAAAAUUGAUCUAGAUGUUAUUAUCGAAAUCGAUCUCUACAGGAUGGAGCCAUGGGACAUCCAAGAUAGAUGCAAGCUGGGCUAUGAUGAGCAGAAUGAGUGGUACUUUUUCAGUCACAAAGACAAGAAGUAUCCGACGGGAACCCGGACAAAUAGAGCUACUGCUGCUGGAUUCUGGAAGGCCACAGGUAGAGACAAGGCUGUGAUUUUAAGGAACAGAAUCAUAGGGAUGAGGAAGACCCUGGUGUUCUACAAAGGCCGCGCCCCCAACGGAAGGAAAACUGAUUGGAUUAUGCAUGAGUAUCGACUCCAAACAUCUGAACAUGGACCGCCUCAGGAAGAAGGAUGGGUGGUGUGUCGGGCAUUCAAGAAGCCAACUAGUAGUCACAAGCAAAGUUAUGAAGCUUGGAGUCAUGCUUACUAUGUGAGGGAUAGCAGCCAUGUUGAACCUCCAUCACUCCCAGCUACUCUAAGCCCAAUGCAUAUGGUCCACCCAAAUCAAGGUUUUUACCAACGAUACUUUGGUUCAGAGCAAGAGCUCAUGUACAACCAUGGGAUUAUGAACAAUCAAGCCUUUGAAAUUCCACAGCUCGAUAGCCCCAGUGCCCUUUCCCCAAGUUUGGCAACAAAAGAAGUUUUCGAGCACAAUGGCAUGAACAAUAGCGAAUACUUUGAGGACGAAAACAGCGAUCAUGCUAAGCAGUAUAUCGACUGGAAAAAUUUGGAUGAUUUGCUCGCAUCACAACUGGCUGACACAACAUCAUCAGCCCCAUUAGUCCCCUACAAUUCUGAGCUAGGUGCUCAAAAUCCUGUGAGCCAUCUUCUUGGAUGCUUUCCUGAUUUGUAACCACGUCCUGUAAGAUUAAAAAUUCAUCAUCAUAACGUAGAGUCAUUGUGUACUAGAAUCAGGGUUUUAAGUCCUGUUCAGAAGUUAAAGAUGAGAGUUUCCAUUCUAGACAUGCAAUAGAAAUUAAAGAAUGAAUUGGUGUCAUAAAA